GCGUCAGGGCUGGCCGGCGGUGGCGGCGGUGGCGGCAGAGAAGGAGGCGGCGAUGGCAGCGGACACCGAGCGGGCUUGAGGGCUCGGACCGGCUCCCUCCCGCGCCACCUCGGGCCUGACCCGGAGCUGCAGUCCAAGCUCGUCCGCUCCUGCUCGCUCCCCGGCCUCUGCCUGGGCGGAGGCGGAGGCGGAGGCCCGGGCUGGCCGCCCCGUUCGUGCCCCGGCUCGGCCCCGGACGGCCCGGCUGCUGUGCGGAGAGGAGGCCGAGUCGUGAAAAGAAAAUACUGAAGAAUAGGAUCUCAAGAUGAGUAAAAAGCCCCCAAAUCGUCCUGGAAUCACUUUUGAGAUUGGUGCUCGUUUGGAGGCACUGGACUACUUACAAAAAUGGUAUCCAUCACGAAUUGAAAAAAUUGACUAUGAGGAGGGCAAAAUGUUGGUCCAUUUUGAGCGCUGGAGUCAUCGUUAUGAUGAGUGGAUUUACUGGGAUAGCAACAGAUUGCGACCCCUUGAGAGACCUGCAUUAAGAAAAGAAGGGCUGAAAGAUGAGGAGGAUUUCUUUGAUUUUAAAGCUGGAGAAGAAGUUCUGGCUCGUUGGACAGACUGUCGCUAUUACCCUGCCAAGAUUGAAGCAAUUAACAAAGAAGGAACAUUCACAGUUCAGUUUUAUGAUGGAGUAAUUCGUUGUUUAAAAAGAAUGCACAUUAAAGCCAUGCCUGAGGAUGCUAAGGGGCAGGUGAAAUCCCAGCAUCCACUAAGCUGGUGUUGUCCUAUCGACCCAGCUGGAUCGUGUACCCAGUCUAUGGGAAGUGAGGAUUGGAUAGCUUUAGUCAAAGCAGCUGCUGCAGCUGCAGCCAAGAAUAAAACAGGGAACAAACCUCGAACCAGCGCUAACAGCAAUAAAGAUAAAGAAAAAGAGGAGAGAAAAUGGUUUAAAGUACCUUCAAAAAAGGAAGAAACUGCAACUUCUGUAGCCACACCAGAAGUUGAGAAGAAGGAAGAUCUGCCCACAUCUAGUGAAACAUUUGGACUUCAUGUAGAGAACGUCCCAAAGAUGGUCUUUCCACAGCCAGAGAGCACAUUAUCAAACAAGAGGAAAAAUAAUCAAGGCAACUCCUUUCAGGCAAAGAGAGCUCGACUUAACAAGAUUACUGGUUUGUUGGCAUCCAAAGCUGUUGGGGUGGAUGGUGCUGAAAAAAAGGAAGACUACAGUGAAACGGCUCCAAUGCUGGAGCAGGCGAUUUCACCUAAACCUCAAAGUCAGAAAAAAAAUGAAGCUGACAUUAGCAGUUCUGCCAACACUCAGAAACCUGCACUGUUAUCCUCAACUUUGUCUUCAGGGAAGGCUCGCAGCAAGAAAUGCAAACAUGAAUCUGGAGAUUCUUCUGGGUGUAUAAAACCCCCUAAAUCACCACUUUCCCCAGAAUUAAUACAAGUCGAGGAUUUGACGCUUGUAUCUCAGCUUUCUUCUUCAGUGAUAAAUAAAACUAGUCCUCCACAGCCUGUGAACCCCCCUAGACCUUUCAAGCAUAGUGAGCGGAGAAGAAGAUCUCAGCGUUUAGCCACCUUGCCCAUGCCUGAUGAUUCUGUAGAAAAGAUUUCUCCUCCCUCUCCAGCCACUGAUGGGAAAGUAUUCUCCAUCAGUUCUCAAAAUCAGCAAGAAUCUUCAGUACCAGAGGUGCCUGAUGUUGCACAUUUGUCACUUGAGAAGCUGGGACCUUAUCUCCCUCUUGACUUAAGUCGUGGUUCGGAAGUUGCAGCACCGCUAGCCCCAGACCCCUCUUACCAUAAUGAAUGUCCCAGGGCAGAAAAGGAAGAUAAACAGAUGCUUACAAAUCCUUCUUCCAAAGGAGUAACUGAUGGGAGAGGAGCUCCAACAGCAUCAGGAAUAUCGAAAACAGAAAAAAAAGUGAAAUUGGAAGAAAAAAGCUCAACAGCAUUUGGUAAGAGAAAAGAAAAGGAUAAGGAAAGAAAAGAGAAGAGAGACAAAGAUCACUACAAACCAAAACAGAAGAAGAAGAAGAAAAAGAAAAAGAAAUCUAAGCAGCAUGACUAUUCAGACUAUGAAGACAGUUCCCUAGAAUUUUUGGAAAGGUGCUCUUCUCCACUAACUCGAUCUUCUGGGAGUUCUCUGGCUCUGCGAAGCAUGUUUACGGAGAAAAAUACAACAUAUCAGUAUCCAAGGGCAAUUCUGUCAGUUGAUCUUAGUGGUGAAAACUUAUCAGACGUGGAAUUCCUAGAUGAUUCUUCAACGGAGAGUUUGCUUCUAAGUGGGGAUGAGUACAAUCAGGACUUUGAUUCAACCAAUUUUGAGGAAUCUCAGGAUGAAGAUGAUGCUCUUAAUGAAAUUGUGAGAUGUAUUUGUGAAAUGGAUGAGGAGAAUGGAUUCAUGAUUCAGUGUGAAGAGUGCCUGUGCUGGCAGCACAGUGUGUGCAUGGGGCUGCUGGAGGAGAGCAUUCCAGAGCAGUACAUCUGCUACAUCUGCCGAGACCCUCCUGGUCAGAGGUGGAGUGCAAAAUACCGUUAUGAUAAGGAUUGGUUGAAUAAUGGGAGAAUGUGCGGGUUAUCAUUUUUAAAGGAAAAUUACUCUCAUCUCAAUGCCAAAAAGAUAGUCUCCACACAUCGCCUGCUUGCUGAUGUCUGUGGGGUUACAGAAGUUCUGCACGGGCUGCAGCUGAAGAUCGGGAUACUCAAGAAUAAACAUCAUCCUGACCUUCAUCUCUGGGCUUGUUCUGGAAAGCGAAAAGACCAAGAUCAAGUAAUUGCUGGGGUAGAUAAAAAAAUAACAGUGCAAGACACGGUUAAUCUACAAGAAAAGAAAUAUCAUGUACAGAAUCAUAAAGAACCACCUCGUUUGCCCCUAAAAAUGGAAGGAACUUACAUAACAAGUGAGCACAGCUACCAAAAGCCACAAAGUUUUAGUCAAGAUUGCAAACCUCUUGCAGACCCUGGGAGCUCCGAUGAUGAUGAUGUCAGCAGUUUUGAAGAAGAACAAGAAUUCCACGUGCGAGAGAAAAGCCGUUUACGAUGCUCAGUGAAAGAGGAUGGAGUGCCUGGAAAGAAUCCAGCUGAAAAGAAUCUGGUAUUUGUUUAUAAUGAUAAAACGGGCACUGAAGACCCAGGAGACUCACAUCUUCAGUGGCAGCUCAAUCUCCUUACACACAUAGAGAAUGUGCAGAAUGAAGUUACCAGCAGGAUGGACCUAAUAGAAAAAGAAGUUGAUGUUCUGGAAAGCUGGCUCGAUUUCACAGGGGAGUUGGAGCCGCCUGAUCCUCUCGCGAGACUGCCCCAACUUAAACGCCACAUCAAACAGCUCCUCGUUGACAUGGGCAAAGUACAACAGAUAGCAACUCUUUGCUCUGUAUGACGACAGUGAAAAUCCUGAUGAAAAGAAUGUGCAAAACAGUCAUUAGAAAUUUUUAUUGCUUUUUGAGAUUCUCCAACUUGACAAAUGUGCCAAAGAUCAACAGACAUAAAAAUAACAGUCCUGUGUAUUUACUUGUAAUACAUUAACUUUGUCAAAGAUCUUAUGAGAAAUGAAAAGCUUUAGUAGAGGUGAUAUUAUGGGGUAGUUGCUUAAAUUUGCAUAUUAAAGUUAAAAAAUGGUGCCUAUAUUCCAUGUGUGGAGUAAAUUUGCUAAUGUCUGUAUUUCAA